UUGCCGCAACCCGUGAAUAUUGCCUGCGCCGUCACUUUUUUCCACCACAGAGUCCUUCACACCUGCUCACCGUCACAGUAUCUAGAUAACUUCUUCUGUUGUCGCGGCUCUCCUGCUAUUGAAGAUUUCACCUGCCGAGUGAUUGCACAGGUCGGACGACGAGUACCAAUUCGGAGUCAUUUGCGGUCGGUUCAUUCUUGCCCGCUUUCAACACCACGACCAUAGGGCGACCUCUCUGCCAGAUCCUACUCGAGGUUGGAACAACAAGAAGCUGUUGAUAUCUCUUAUCCCGUUCCAGUCUUUCAACGAACGGCCAGGUCUGCCCGAAAUGUCCCGCAGCAAUCGACUCGCUCCUGAAGCGAACAGAAUCCUCUUUGUGAAGAAUCUCGCAUAUAACCUUGAUUCUGAAGCCCUCUAUGGUCUAUUCUCUCGCUAUGGCCCCGUACGUCAAGUGAGAGUGGGAAACACAAAUGCGACGAAAGGAACAGCAUUCGUGGUAUACGAGGAUGUGUUGGAUGCCAAACAGGCCUGCGACAAGCUGAAUGGUUUUAACUUCAUGAACCGGUAUCUGGUCGUUCUAUAUCACCAACCGGAGAAGAUGAAAGUGGAAAGCAAGGAAGACAUCGCUGCAAGACAAGAGAAUUUGGAGCGAGUGAAGAAUGCGCACGGAAUUGAGUGAAGAAUGACCCUGGCACACUUUACAAGGACUGGUCUUCGAAAGAGAUCAGACGAUUUUGUUGUGAAAAACUGGCCGUCCCCAAGCAAGCUGGAAAGUGCUGGUAUCAUUGAUGCCAGGCGACGUUGUAGCAAAUGCUCGACUUAGACGCGCCACUGAGGCGCUUGUCGUGAAGCAACUACACAGCGUCGCUGGAAGGAUGCCGCCUACGAGUGGAGAGAGAUCAUGCCGGAACGAAGGGG